CGGGGGAUAGUUCAGUCGGGUGUGUGGUGUCAGUGAGAGAGGGUUGUGUCGCUUGUCGGAGGAGUAGAUGGUUAUUUUCUACAGGUGUUAGACACAGACCGUAAACAUGCCUGUGUUUCACACCAAAACAAUCGAAGGCAUCUUGGAGCCUGUCGCUCAGCAGGUGUCGCGGCUGGUGAUCCUGCACGAGGAGGCCGAAGAUGGCAAUGCCAUGCCCGACCUGGAGAAGCCAGUCAUGGCUGUCUCCAAGGCCGUCGUCAACCUGGUCAAGGUUGGCCGGGAGACGAUCAACAGCAGCGAUGACCCCAUCCUGAAGCAAGACAUGCCCGCUGCACUCCACCGCGUUGAAAGUGCUGCCAAACUGUUAGAAGAAGCUUCUUCAUUACUAAAAGCUGACCCUUACUCACAGCCUGCUAGAAAGAAACUGAUAGAAGGAGCCCGAGGUAUCUUACAGGGAACUUCUGCUUUGUUGUUAUGCUUUGAUGAGUCAGAAGUUCGUAAGAUCAUCCGAGAGUGUAAGAAAGUCUUGGACUACCUAGCGGUAGCAGAGGUUAUUGAAACUAUGGAAGAUUUGGUCCAGUUUGUUAAAGAUCUUUCCCCAUGCCUUACCAGAGUUUCCCGUGAUGUAGAUGGUCGCCAGCAAGAGUUGACACACCAAGUUCACCGUGAAAUCUUAAUGAGGUGUUUAGAAGGUGUAAAGACUCUAUCUCCCAUCCUUAUUUGCUCUAUGAAAAUCUUCAUCCAGAUUUUCCACCAAGGUGGAAAGGGUAUUGAGGAAGCCGCUGAAAACAGGAAUUAUUUAUCUGGGAGGAUGACAGAUGAGAUCAAUGAGAUUAUACGUGUGUUACAACUGACAACAUAUGAUGAAGAGGAGUGGGAUGCUGACAACCUGACCGUCAUGAAGAAAGUUCUUAAUGCCAUUGAUGGCAAAGCGCAAGCUGCACAUGACUGGCUUCAGGACCCAACUGCUCUGCGUGGUGGCAUUGGAGAAAAGUCCCUUCGUCAGAUUUUAUCCCAGGCUGGAAAGGUAGCGGAUAGAUCAUUACCACCAGAUCGUGAUGCCAUCAGGAAGCUGUCAGGAGAUAUUUCCUCAAUGACUGAUGCUCUGUGUGAACUACGGCAGGAUGGCAAGGGAACCACACCACAGGGCCAGAGCUUAGCACGAAGCAUUGGUGAGAAACUGAAUGAACUGAGUGGAACCAUAUCCCGAGCAGUGAACAAUGUAGAGAGAAGUGGAGUACAGCAGCCGGCCCACACAGUUGCUGGACGAUUGGAACAGGCACAGCGCUGGCUCAACAACCCUUCACUGGAUGACAAAGGACUUGGACAACAGGCCAUUGCUCUUAUUGUGGAAGAAGGCAAACGGGUGGCAGCAGGACUAACAGGACCAGCUCAGACAGGAAUAUUGGCAUUGUGUGAAGAAGUCGAUAGUCUAUCACAGCAACUGUCUGAGAUGUGCAGACGUGGUCAGGGUGACACUCCACAAGCCCAGGCAGUUGCCAGAGCGCUCUCAACCAAGUUACAAGAGCUUAAGAACAAAAUCCAGACUGCUGUUGUGGAUCGGGUCGUUGAGGACUUUGUUGAUAUUACCACGCCCCUCAAGCAGUUUACUGAUUCUGUCCUUGCACCAGAAGGCACACCUGGCCGGGAACAAGCUUUUGAUAAUCGUGCAGCCAAUCUUGCAAACUUCAGCAAUCGAGCUGCCAAAACAGCUCUGAUGGUUGCUGCUGGUAGCUCGGGAGGCAACAAGAAGCUAACAGAAGCUCUUCUUUCCUCUGCUGGACAGGUGGAAAGUUUAACUCCUCAGUUGGUGGCUGCAGGUCGUAUUCGCAUGACAUAUCCCACAAACAAAGCAGCCGAUGAGCACUUUGAAAACUUGCGUCGGCAGUAUGCAGAAAGUAUUCAAAAAGUGAGAGAUUUGGCUGAUGAGGCUACAGAGUCUUCAGCAUUUAUUAAAGCAUCAGAGGACUUGAUCAAAAGACAUACUGCAGCCUGUGAAGCAUCUAUAAAAAAUCAUGAACCCCAGGCCAUGGUUGACAACACAAGUGCAAUUGCUCGCCUUGCAAAUAGAGUACUUAUGGUAGCCAAACAGGAGGCUGAUAACUCUGAAGAUCCUAGUUUUGUAGCCAAGGUCAUUGCUGCCUCAGACCAGGUACAAGCAGCUGUGACACCAAUGGUGCAGAACGCAAAGGAUGUUGCCAUGAAUCCAGAAGAUCAACGAGCCAUCAGCAGGUGGCGUCAGUCCAAUCAGGCUAUUCUACAGCCAGGUGCAUGUGUUCAGCACACUCAACAAGGUCAUCAGCCUGUAACGUCACUUCUGAGUGCUGUUGGUGAAGUAAGAAGAGCAGUGAUGGUGUAUCCUGAAGAAGAACCUAUUAUCCCACCACCUCCAGACAUGUCCUCUCUCUCACUUAAUGAUUAUGGUAGCAGUAAUGGACACUUUCCUCAUGGUACUCACCCCCUUCUUAAUAAUAUAGUUGGCAGUGAACUUGGAGGUGUUCCAUCUCCGUACAGUUCACUGGAGCGGCCAUAUUCCUUCCGGUCUCCAAGUGCUGGGUUAUUAUCAGCUGUACCAAAAUGGGGCCGAGGAGACACAACUGAUGCUCUCUAUGACAGCUACACGGAUGAUGAGCUGCCGUUGGACCCUUAUUCCCACUACAGAGAUCAGGCACCACCACGGCCACCUCUACCAGGUGGCGAGAAAGCCCCACCUCGUCCACCACCACCUGAGACUGAUGAUGAAGAGGAGACCAACAUGUUCAGUGAAGUCCCACAACCCAACCAGCCCAUCAUGAUGGCUGCUCAUGGUCUUCACCAAGAAGUCAAGCAGUGGUCAUCACGUGAUAAUGACAUCAUUGCAGCUGCAAAGAAAAUGGCACUACUAAUGGCCCAAUUAUCUCAACUUGUGCGGGGUGAAGGUGGCACCAAAAAGGAUCUCAUUGCAUGUGCCAAAGCUAUUGCUGAAGCAUCUGAAGAAGUGACACGUUUAGCAAAGGAUCUAGCACGCGAGUGUACUGAUAAACGCAUGAGGACGAACCUGUUGCAAGUAUGUGAGCGCAUCCCAACCAUUGGAACACAACUCAAGAUAUUGUCAACUGUGAAAGCAACAAUGCUUGGAGCUCAAGAGUGCUUCCCUCGACGUGAUUCGGAGAUCGAGAUCCUGAUUGGAUCCAGCUCAGAAGAAGAUCAGGAGGCUACAGAGAUGCUGGUAGGUAAUGCCCAGAAUCUGAUGCAGUCGGUGAAGGAGACUGUGCGUGCUGCUGAGGCUGCAUCUAUCAAGAUUCGCACAGAUGCUGGCAUUAGGCUGCGAUGGGUCCGUAAACAACCAUGGUAUCAGUAUUAAGAUGUUAUUUGAUGCCCGUGUACUAGAGGAUGCACGAAGAAGCUUAGAAUAUACACUGACUUCAUAAUACUUGUCUGGAGGUAAUUUUAUUUUAUGACAAUUAUUUUACACAUUUAGUCAUGAAAAAAAUUUGGAUCUGAACAAAUUUGAGUGUAAUCAAGAUGAUUUUGUAAGUGAAUUAGAAAAAUCUCUUCCAGUUAUUUUAAAAUUUCCAUUACAUAUAUGCAAAGGAUAAUAAGUGCUGGAAAAUUGCAAUAAUUCAUUUUUUGUACCAGUCAGCUAUGAAAAUAUACUGGUUCUAUCAACACCUGAUAAGUACUGUAUACUGUAAUAUAUAUAGAAGUGCGGUACAGUGAAUAUUAUUGAUUAUAUUUUAUUGGAAUGUGUUACUUAAGGCAUGUCCAUCAGGUGUUUGCCUUGAUAAUGUUAUAUCAUUGUGUGAUUUUUUUCCUUUUUUUUUAAUUGGCAUUACAGGUACAGACAGCAUGUACUAAAAUAUCAACAGUAACAUUGAUGCAAUUUGCAUACAUGGGUGUCCCUUAAAAUUCUAUUCAGAAAUACAAAGCUUGGACUAAGAUCACAAUUACUGUACUGUAUAAUGUACUUAUGUAAGCAUAAAUGAUGCAACCUUGAGCAUGUGUUGUGUUAAAACUUAAAUAAGAAAUACAUUUUGUUCUCUCUCUCUCUUGUACUGUACUGUAUAUAAUACACGUUAAUGCAUGCAGUAAAACCCUGAUAAUCCAGACUAAUAAGGGGGAAAUUCGGUCCUUUUAAACGAAUCUCCGGAUAAAGUGAUUUCCGCAGGGGAUUUAUUUAAUCCGGAAAAAGUCGGGAUUAACCGAGAAUAGUCAGGAUAGCUGUCUCGUGCACACGAACACCAACCCCAGCCGCUUUGUUUACAAGCCCUUGUGUGUGCAUCACUUAACUCUUGUGGAUUAUUUGUGACAUUGUGGACUAAUUACCAUGGCUUCUAAAGGCAAGACAACUUCAAAAGGAAGUCAGAAGAGGGCCAGAAAAGAGUUAAGCAUGAAGGACAAACUAGCAGUUCUGGAAGAUCAUGAGAAAUUUACAUCUGCAAAAGUUUUGAUGGAGAAAUAUGAUGUGAAAAAAAGAAUUUUUAAAAACAAUUUUACAGACUUUUUGUGAAUGAGGAACACUUCAAGAAAACAUAAUUAUUGCAGUACUAAUGAUUAAUGAAUGACAGCAUGUAUAUUAGAGGCAUGAGCAUUGUUAUCAUCCAUUUAUAAGGAUACCCAUUUAUGCAUACAGUACAGUUAUAUGAUAUUCUCAGGUGUGAUGAUUAGUGAAGUGGAUGCCGUUUUGGGGCUUAAAAAAAUUAUAAUAUAAACUCAUUUCCUCCAUAAUGUAAUACUGAUUUCUAGUAACUUAGUUGCUCAGCUGUAACAUAUAUACAGUACACACUGCCUUAAUAUUGUGUAAUGAACAUAUCUGUAAAUAUUUCGAAAGGUGGAUUUACAGAUUGGAAAUUAAUGCAAAAGUUAGUUCCAAUGAUCUCUCUAAAAUGCUGGAAUGGUAGAAGAAAAAGUUGCCACUAAGAUGUUGCAAAUAUUAAAAUUGUAAUUGAUUAUGCUUCUACGAGAGUUCUGGCAUUGCUUUCUUUUAUUUUAUGUCAGACUUUAGGCCUCAACAAGUGAUUGGAAUAACAGUGUAUGCUAAAAGCCAGAUUUCCUUGAGGCAAUGUUCACCUCUCCAGCUUACAUUAAACUGAAUAUGGCUUGUCAUAUAUUUGCACCUCAAUGAUACAGUCACAAGAGUAAGUCACUCAUGAGAGUUGUAUCGGGUAACUGUCCAGUAUUUGCUUUAUAUUGUGCCAAAACAGUUGUCUUCCUUUAUGCAGGAGAACUGUAUCCAAGCUCACAGUCAUCAAAGAUAAUAACCCUUAUGUUUGUAACCGUGACUCAAAGUCUGCAAAUAUUUUAUUUUAAUAGUUGAUAGAGGAAUUAUGCAAAUAAUCCUAGAAUUAUUGCUAGGUACGGCAUCCUUGUCCCACCCAGUUGUGCCGAUACUGUCAUGUGUCUGCCACAAAAUAAGCCCAGGGAUAGACUUGCUUGUUGCAAGAUGUGGUAUAAGCAAGUUAAUGUGUCACCUGAUACAUUCAGGGGAAACACUGCCAUAUCUCUACCAUUUGUUGUAUGAUACAAUUUUACUGAAUAUUAGGACUAAAUUGGAUGAAUAAUUGUAUAGUAUACGGUAUAUAUAAUCCAGUAGUAUCUAAUUUCUAAAAAAAAAAAAAAAAUCUCAAACUUUUGCCUUGGGCUUAUUGUAAUAUUAGUACAGACUGCUUUUCUGGAGUAGUAGACAUGCAAUAUUAGAUUAGGCAUGUCCCUGCCAUACACUGUGUAAUGAACUGUUACUGCAGAUUAUGUCAGUCUUGUAACUCUAUCUUGUGCAAAACUAACUGAUUACUGUAGCUUAAGAAGUAACUAAUGUCUAUUUAUUUGGUGCUUAAACUGUAUUCUAUCAUAAGACAGAUCUAUAUAACAGAUUGAACACAAAGUACAGUUUGAAAUGAUUAUGCUCAUUGACUUAGGUUAAGGUGGAACUAAUAAGGGUAUGUGUUUUAAGAGCUUGUUGAUACAUUAGUUUUUGUUGUGUUUGUAAUCAUUUGAGUGCCUUUAUGCUGUAAUUAAAAUAAUUUACCAUGACACACAAAUGGUCAGAUUUUUAUAAGACUUUAUACAAUCCAGUAUGAAUUUACAAGUUUACAAAAUUGCAGAACUGAUAAUAAAAUGGUCAGUUAUUAAUGUUCCUAUUUUAAUUCUGAUACUUCCAUCUGCUAUUCUUAUAUCCUUAUUAUUACAAUGCCCUAGUGAUUUAAGAAGCACUUACAAUCACAUGGAUGCCUUACAAUGUUGAAGUACUCAUUACCACUGGGAUUGGAAGACCUGCUGAAUGUAUGAGUAGUAAAAACAGAAAGAAAUUUUAGUUUUAUUGAUAUGUUGGAUGUACUAUACAAGGAUUUUGCACUCCCAGUGACGCAGUGCUUCUCUCGUCCGCAUUUGUGGUUGCACAGGUGAGAAGAUCUUAGCAUGAAUAUUGAUUAUUGAGGAUUCUAGUGAGUUUCAUUGUUUAUAUGAGUCUCACUACUGGUUCAGAAAUCAAUUUAUUUAUGCUUUGUUCUUUUCAGAUUUCUAAGUCCACUUAGAUAUUGUUUUGGUUGCAUUUUAAACCUUUCACCUGCAGAAUCUUAAUAUUUUAUCAAAGAAAAGUAUAAUAAUUAAAUGUUACUAGUGUA